AUGACUUUAUUUAUUAGCAUUAUUUUUAUACUGAGUUCUUACGUGUUAAUUUUUAAUAUACCCACGUCACAUGAAUACAAUAAUCAAGGAUACCAUCUAUCGACAAUGAGUAAUGUACUUACACCUUCUGAACGUUUCAUGUAUACAUUUUUUGGUACUUUGCCGAGUAGGAUUUACUACUCAUAUGAGAAACGUUGUUACGUGGUAAGAGGACAACCAGGCUAUUACAAAAACGAUCUACGGAGAAAAAAAGGAAAACGAUAUAAAGUCGUUCCUAGGUGGCAGUAUUAUUUGAGUAAAUUGUCACCAAUAAGUCUAGUAAAAUCUGGAUUUGAAUUUCUUUCGAUCGGAAAAGCUCUGCUGCUUGGAGGAGGUUUCGGUGAUGGUGACGAAGAGGAAGAUCCAGAAAGUGGUGGUGCAGAUCCUGAUGAAGAUGGUGAUGCAGAUGGUGAUGCAGAUGAUGGUAAUGAUAAUGAUAAAGAGCCAGGAUUAUUAUCAAAAGGUAUGAAUAUGGGAAAGGAUAUGUUUUCACCACUGUUAAAUUUUUUUGGAGGCUCUAAGGAUACAAAUAAUGACAAUAAUAAUGAAAAUAAAGAUGACAGUAAUGACAAAAAAGAUGAAAAUAAUGACAAAAAAAAUGAAAAGAAAGAUGACAAUAGUGACAAAAAUGAUGAAAAGAAAGAUGAUAAGAAAGACGAUAAGGAAGGUGACAAACCGGAAGAGUCCACAGACUAUACGGGAAUGGUUAAAGACGUAUUGACAAGUGACACUACCAAAGAUGCUGUAAAAACUGGAGUCAGCCUUUUUGUACCUGGAGGACCAGCGAUUGUAAAAGCAUUCGAGACUGCUGAAAAACUUCAAUCUGCUGGUGACAAAAUCGAUAACGUGGAAGAUAAAAUACCUAAAUUGAAAUAA